AUGGGCUACAAAAAUGUGAUGACAGUGAACCAUUCGCCCGCACGACCUGUCCUCGCGAUUGCCCAUCAAAAUGGGCUCGGCGCUGUGCUCGCCAGGUACCAGUUGGUCGCAGGCCCGAUCCGUCUGUCGUUGAGGUCAAUUGCUGUAACAGUAGCCAGCAGUGGUGGCUCAAUCACGUGUGAAACUGGGGCUGGUUUUGGGCAAGCUAGUUGCCACAGUCCCACAGCCGGUCUAGAGGUUCAUACAAAAGCCGGAAAAGAAAAAGGGUAUUUAGGCCCAUGUGUAACGUGUUCCUCUCUUACCGACCGUCAGACGGUGCCGAGCCAGCCAGUCUCCAGCUUCGACCUUGAAGCACUACAACUCUGA